UCUAAGAACUCCCCCUGUUCUGCCACCAAUUUGCGCGCAUCGCCCUUGUGCCGCAAUGUUUGCAAACACAGAAAGGGGUCUAUAGUCCGAUGAAUAAAAUAAAACUGAGGGAUUGUAGGCGGGACGUAUACUGUGGCCCAUAUAUACAGGAAAUUGUGGUCGAAGGGGAAGGAAGUUCGCCAGCAAAAUAAAACGUUUUCGUUGUCCUCUCGUCACAGUUCUGGCUGUACAAUGGAUUGGAACGGAGAUACUGGCGGUCACAACCAUGACAGUUGCCAUGGCCACGGGGGUCACUCGCAUGUGCCUGCGGUGCAUGGAUUCGGGGAUCACGGCAGUAGGAUGGCACACGGAUUCAUGCCUGCUUUCCAUGGCCAGUUUGGGCCAAGAGCUGGCCAGAUGAUAGACCCCACUCAGCAGCCCAAGAAACGUUCGCAUAUGGAUGACAGCAGCAGCUGGGACAUUGUCAAGGCAACACAGUUUGGUAUCCUGGACCGAUGUAAGGAACUGAUGGAGGCUGGUUACAAUGUGAGGCAGCCUGACAAGGAGAAUGUCUCCCUCCUACACUGGGCAGCCAUCAACAACCACGCAGAGGUGGUCAAGUAUUAUAUAUCCAAAGGGGCUGUCAUAGACCAACUAGGUGGUGACCUGAAUUCCACACCCCUGCAUUGGGCCAUAAGGCAAGGCCACCUCUCCAUGGUGAUCCAGCUGCUGCGGUACGGAGCCGACCCAUCUGUGGCUGACGGGGAGGGCUACCGCAGCCUGCAUCUGGCAAUCCUCUUCCAACACAUGCCCAUAGCAGCCUACCUCAUGGCCAAGGGACAAGAAGUUGACCUUCCUGACUCAAAUGGGCAGACACCCCUGAUGUUGGCAGCACAGAAAAUCAUUGGGCCCGAGCCCACUAACUUCCUGAUGAAGUGCAAUGCGUCGGUGAGUGCGGUGGACAAAGUGAACAGGAACUCUCCGCUGCACUGUGCCGUGCUGGCGGGAAACGUAGACGCCGCCCACAUCCUGCUGGAGGCCGGGGCUAGCGUGGAUGCCGAGAACGCCAACGGUGACACUCCCAUAGACCUGGCCCACCAGGUGCACAGCCCCCUGCUCGUCCACAUGCUCAACCACGUCAAGCAGGAGAGGAUACGCUCCAAAUCCCGCUGCCUGCGCCUAGUUAACCGGUACAGGGUGUGUCUUCAGUUUAUGUUCUGCGUUGCUGUGCUGGGCAGUGUGGGAGCGAUAGCCGACUUGAGCUCAGAAUCCUGGCUGCUGAAAGGGGUUCUGCUGGCCUGUGUGAUGGCUGUGGUCAACCUGGCUCAACGACAGUUGGCGAGCCCGGCCCUGCAGUCGCUGGUUCCUGCUACAACUCUUAUGGCAUCAGUCUUCUGGAUGCUGGUCACCUGGUGCCUGUGCUUCCUGCCUGAUGGUCCCAGUGCCACGGUACAGGUGUUGUUCACUGUCAACGCCACGGCUCUGCUCUACUACUACCUCCGCUCCUGUCGGACUGACCCCGGCAUCGUCAAGGCAACUGAGGAAGAGAAAAAGAUGAAUGUGGUGUUGCUGGCAGAGGCGGGCUGCUUGGACCCCAGUAUCUUCUGCACUUCCUGUAUGAUGAAGAAGCCUAUGAGGGCCAGUCACUGCUUCUCCUGUGACGCCUGCGUGGCGAAACAGGACCAUCACUCCAUCUGGAUCAAUGGCUGCAUCGGUGCCAGGAAUCACCACUUCUUUGUUCUCUUCCUCCUCUUUCUCUGCCUGAUGGGAGCAUGGAUGUUCUACGGAUGUCUCGUGUACUGGUCAAAGCACUGCCCUCUGCACUACCAGGAGGAGGGUGUGUGGGGUGCCAUCUCUGCCCUGGUGGGCUGUUCUUCCUGGGUACUGGGUGUCUUCUGUCUAGCUUUCUUCCAUACCUCCUGGGCUUCCAUACUACUGGUCAUACAGCUCUACCAGAUUGCGUUCUACGGCCUGACAAAUGCAGAGAUGGCAAACCUGGUGCUUCGUCAGAGGAAACUCCCACAAUCCAUCUCUCUCAGACAGAACCCUUACAAUUUGGGUGUGGUGCGGAACCUUGUGUCGUUCUUCCAGCUGCGUUGCUGUGGGCUGUUCAAGCCCGCCAUGGUCGACUGGACCCAGCAGUACCCACCCGGCCGAGACCACAUGUUCGGCCAGCCCGACAUCGUCUGACCCCAACAGGGGGCAGCUAGGAUCUGGAUCCACUAUCGUUCUGGACCAAACGGAUUAAGCUUACUUAAAAAAAUAUAUAUUUUAUAUAUUUUGGACUGCCUGUGAAGAAACACCACUAUAAAGGGAAAUAGCGUGGAGGAAGUUGUACUGACUUUAUUUUAUGUGUUUUCUUUUGCUACAGACUGCUGCUGCCUUACGCUGGUAUAUAUUAAUGAGGGGAAAAAAUUGAAAUCUGAAAUGUAUCAUUUGUGCCAAGUUGAAUUCGCCUUUAUGGCUUAAAUUGUAUAUUAAGUUAGUCAUUGUUUUCUUUUUAAUAUAAAUAGUUGUAUUUUGAUCAAUGUGGGUUUUUUUUAAUAUAUAUUUUUAUUUUAUUUUUCUUUUCUGUUUUUAGUGUUCGCAAGAGGCUGUGAGUUUUUAGAUUUGAAGGACCGACACUAGACAGUUUAAGCAAAGCCUCACAUUGGUUUGUCAGUCACUGAACUCUUUUUUUUUAUUGGAGCAUACAGUGCAUUCUCUAGAGCAGUUUAUUCUAAUACUGGUCUUGUAGUACUGUACCUCUAAAUAUGCCAAUUUUCUAUCCAGCCGCUCUCUUGACAGUGGACACGCACCCAAGUCCAUAGCCGUUUCCCUCUCCCAUAAGUGUGCGCUCGUUCACUCCCCCUCGUGGAUUUAGAAUAAUGGACAGGUGGAAGAAAUAUGGUGGACUGUUGGCAGUUGUUACACAAAUGGAGUGUUUUUACAUCCAUUUAAGUGUGAACUUGUGCUCACUAUUGGGAGAAGGCAAGGAAUCGGGACUCAUAUCUCCCAUAACUCAACAAUCCACGAUCCUAUCCACUAUGCUCUUCUCUCUCAGCCUUAAAGCAACAGUCUGAGAUUUCCAGUCAUUUCAAUUAAUGACCAACUGUCUUGUGUUAUCGUAACCAAAUACCUAUUCCUCCAUUAGUGAUGUUUUCGUUAUUUUAGGAGCAUUGUGUAAACUAAUGUAUAGCGCCAAGUCAUGCUGAGACAAGUUGUGUUCUCAUGGAAUAUCAUUCCCACAGCUAGAAAUCAAGUGAUAUUUUCUUGUGAAAAUGUCACUGUAUGCAUUUGAUUCAUUGUUUUCAUUUGUGUUUGAAGCCACACUGAUGGUAUGAGCAUCUUACAGGGUGUGACUUUAAUGACACUGGACACUUUGUUUUUGUUUUCUGCAUUACCACGUGAAGUAAUGUGCCAUUGUAACUCACUGCACUGGAUGUUCCAACAAAGCCACGCAAGUUUUUUUGUGUUUUCUUUUUUACAAUGGUGUCAGAAAGCCUUUUGAGUUUAGAUACUCUAUGUGGGUACAUAAAUCAAAGCUCACGACUGUUUCGGGAGAGAUUGGCAUCUUCAUGGUUCAAUCGAUCCUGCAUAGCCCAGUGAAGACAUGGUAAACCUAAUGAUUCUCUUGUUUACCUUUUGUUAUAAUUGAUAAGUUGGUAUUCAUAUUGGGGGUAAUCCUGUACUAAAUCAGGCUCCCAAUU